AUGCGGACUCCGCUCAUGCACACUCCAUCGCCUUUGAAUGCAUCAGCUAAUGAGCAACAAGAUGAAAAUCAAACCGAUCAUUUGAGCCGCAACUUACAACAUGCACCGAUAAAGUUUGAAAACGACGAUGAGCUACAGCGAGAACAAGAGGUACAUUCUCGUGUGGCUAGUCCAGCCAGACCCGCUCAAGCUUUGCCUAAUCGUCCAACAACAGAUUCAAGAAGUACGCAUAUGUGGCGGAUUGGAAGCCGCCAGCAACUGAUAGAACGCACAAGAAACCGAAUUUGGCGCUCUCACUAUCCAAUUGAAAAUGCAAAUUGGAAUGAAGAGUAUAGCGCUCGACGCGCUGAAAAUUCGCCUCAGAGCGACUUUGCCGAAGAAAUUGAGAACGAAGCGGCUGAGAUUCGUACACUAAUUGCGCGAACGGCACAAUUGUGGUCAGCAGUAGACCAAGCAGAACAAAGUGAAGCAACCGUUUCAACUGAGUCAGUAGCAUUCCAGACAUUGCUGCCUCCCCAAUUUGACUGUAUGAAUGAGAUAAACGACACGAUAUGUGAGGAUGACGAAUAUGAACAAGAAAGUGAAAGGGGUCAAGAAUUUGAGUUAGAGAGUGCAGAUAUGGCACGUCAAAUAAGCACUUUUUGCACUUCUGAUGAAGCUCUUCUCGAUUCAUUGAGGCUUCUGGAGCAUAGAAGGAUAGAGCACGAGACACUUGCUGUUGGUAGUGACCAUAGUUACGAGACAACAGAAUUUUCUGAAGAGGGAAGAGAGGAUCUGCAAUUUGAACAAGGCGAGAUUUUUGAUUCAAAUCUUACGACUAAUGCGCUGAAAGCUCGUGCGAUUCAAAAGUCUAUGCUGGGAAAUCUUGUCCGAUUAGGAUUUUAUAAUGAUCUGACACAGACAGCGCUUGAAGCUGGUGUAUCGGAGAUUGAUCAUUAUGACGCAGACUGUGAAUUGGCUUACGUUGAUAUCUUCAUGUCGUUGGUCAAAAUGGUGUGCGACGCGCAUGUAGAUGUCUUUAGUGAACAGAAUGAUCAAGGGCAAGCCACUACUAGCGCGUACAGAGAGGACGCUCAAGGUGUGGAGGCGAACGCGGCUUUUGAUGACGAGCAACAUUCGUUUCUUCCCUUCAAAUGGCCGGUGUUUGACAUGGCGCAGUUUGAAUUUGCAAUGGAUCGAACAGAGGAAUUGAUGGAGAUGUUGUCGUGCAAUUUGUUCUGUAUGCUCGGAGAUCCGAUUCAAGUGGUCAUUCCAUCUACUAACUCGUCUGGACGCACAAAAGGCCACGCUUUUCUCGAGUUUGACAGUCCGAAUCUCGCUAGGAAAUGCGCUUCGGCUAUUGAUGGACUCAAGUGGGGAAAAGGACCAUUUGGACAGAUUCGAGGCAACUUGUUUCGCCACUAUCAAGUUAAAACUCCUGCAGAACAACAACGAUAUGCACGUGAUUAUUAUUUCAGCGACAAUGAAGGACCAGCGUCUCAACUGCUUACAGGUAUCCCAAUGGCUCGAUAUGAUGAACGGAGUCUUUUAGAGCUCCAUCAAAAUCGUAUUGCUGAGCGUUUUCGACCUCAACACGAGCAUAUUCAUGAAGUCGCUCAGGAAAAUCUCUUUUGCGACAGUGAUGACAACAGCAGCGACAGAGAUGAAUGCGCUAAUAAUUAUCAAUUUGAGUCCGCCCACUUCAAUCCGUUGUCUCACAUGAAAUCGUACACCGCUAGUAUACAACAAGAAGAGCAAGCACCGCUAAACAAUGUCGUUGACUGGCACAUUAGAGCGUCAAGCAGCGGUGAUUGCUCUUUGCACGUAUCAAGUGAAGGAAGCGGAGAUAGUUAUGAGAGCAGCAGUGCUCUUGAUCUCCAAGCUCUCGAAGGAGACAAACUGUUAGAUAAUUCUGAUUACCAAGAGCUCACGCACACCAAUUCAAGAUGUUCUUCACCUCGUCUAUCCGUUUCGUCUAGCGAAGCACAAGCAGCUUCAUCGACUGUGACAUCAAAUGCGUCAGCUGGUGCUCAUGAAGCACAGGAGAAUUGCGGCACUAGAGGGCAGUCGUGGAGUGUUCACGACGAUCAAGAAGGUAAAGACAAGCCUUGGCGUAGAUAUUGCGAAGACCUUAUCGUUCGUAAUCGAGAAAUGCACAAGCAAUUGGUAUUUGCGCGUCGUCGUGUUGUCCAGUUGAGCCACAACAAUCAGAAACUUCACUUGCUCGUCGACCGUGUCGAGCGAGAUCGCGAUGGUUUGCUGUAUGAGAAUGAUGUAUUGCAGACUCAAGUACACGGUUAUGCCGAUCACAAAAAACACCACGACUUGCUUAUGAAGGAACUCGUGACUCUGCGUCAACGCUUGGACCCAAAGGAGUCUACGCUAAUUUCCAGGACUUUUAAUCGUCCUCAACAUGGCCAGGUAGUUGCAAGGCAUGCGCAUGCUUCUUUCCAUGGCAUUCAAUCAGCACUUUCCUACGUUUCGGCAACAGUCCUUACUAACUGCAAGAUUGACGAACUGAAGGAUUGGGAACAUGUGCUGGAAACGACAUUGAGUCAUGUUCGGUCUGCGAAGGAGGAAAAAGCGCUAGAAAUGCAGAAGAAAUUGGAUCGCCAGGUUGAAGAGCAAAAUGAACUUAAGCUCUGCGUCAUUUGCUUGGCAAACGACAAGACUAUCUUGUGUUUACCAUGUCGCCAUCUAUGUCUCUGCAAAUCUUGUUCCCGCCGCCAAGAAGUGACUAAGUGUCCAAUUUGCCGCCUCGAGAUUGACGAGAUGCUAGCUGUGUAUUCAUGA